AUGCCGGCCAGGUUAAGUCGCCCUCCGGGGAAGGUUCUUAUCGGCCUGAAGGGAAAAUCCAGUGUGAAAACCCUACCAAAAAUUAAAGAAAAUCUUGAAGUCACCGAAGUGAGCCAUUCACCCCACCAGAGCAAUCAAGUGAAUGUCAAAGCAGCAACAGACUUGGAAAAAAACAAAGAGAAAAUAGAAGAAAACACUGUACCGCUGAAGGAAUCCCUGAUAAUCAACUUUGAAAGUAAAGAAAGUUUGAAAAAUGCUGAAGUGACUUCAAGUACAGGAAUGACUCUUCCCACAGGUGUUUCAACCUUUCUCCUAGAGUGUUUAGAUGUAGAUUCAACUGCAGAUUAUAACACAGGUGCUAGUGACAGCCUGAACAGUUGCCCAUCCCCUGAAACAUUCAGAGAUGAUUGUUCAGAAAGAAGUAAUUUUUACUGUGAGGACUCUGGCAAAUACAGGAACUCUACUCUCCUGGACUCCAGCAAAGCAGUGACCAUAGAUAAGAUGCCACAGAUCUCAAAUCUUUCAGCAAUAUUAGAACCUGUACCGGAUGAUUUUCAAGACCAAUACACUAGAAGAAAGAGACCAUCAAAUUGCAAUUACAGUUCUUCAGUAUUAAGUGUUUCAACUACUCUGGCAGGAAAAAAAGUCUGUAAAAUUACAGCUGCAAGAGAGAGAACUCCAGACCUAAAAACUGGUAUGCGCUGUUCUUCACCGUUAGGACCGGAAAGAAAGCCUGACAAUCAAGCUGCUAAACCCGAAAGGCUGAAGUGUAAGAAAAAAGAAAAAAAUUCUAAUACGUUAGAAGGUGGUACAUCGUCAUUCGGUCAGCUUGACGCCCCAGGAAACACCUCAGCCAACUCAGUGGGGUUGACAGCAGAAGUAGUGCCGUCCAAAUGGACGGAUGCUGUGGUGCAAAUGAGUUCCACCGUGCUGAUCGUGGAGGAAAAUAAAGCCCUAAAAAAUCUUGGUUUUGCUCAGCCUGCAGAGCUAGAUCUUAGCUUGUCACCAGUGUGCAAAGCCUCACCUGGGGAAGACCUGUUCCUGAAUACCACAGGUCCAUACGUAAAUUCAGAAGAAAUUGUUCCUGCAUCUCUGAGCUCAGAAAAAGAAAUUAUUCCUCAAAGUCCAGAAGAAAAGAAUGUUUUUCAGCCUCUGUGUGGCAGACAAGAAAUCUGCUCCAUUGUCAGAACUUCACCGUGCCGGAGGCCUUCCAGGCUUCACCAAAUUCCAGUUAACACAAAAGCAUUCUGCCUUCCCGAGGGAGUGCCUGAAGAUACUAUUACGAGUACCAAAAACUGGAUCUACUGUAAACACAGAUGAGACUUCUGGGUUUCAGCAGGAGUCAACAGAAGAAAUAACCGUCUUGCUACUGCAGCAGGGAGGUGAAACAGAACUACUAACCAGUAGUUAAUGGCCGUAUUUUUGUGGUGUAUACAUUC